GCAGGGGUCGCGUCGCGUGGGGGAAACGCCGCCGAAAACCACUGGGUGCCCGCUCUCGCUCGGCACGUCCCGCGCGCGCCCACGCCCACGCCCACGCCCACGACUGGUCACAAGCGCUAGCCAGCGUUCUUCACGCGCCUCGCGCCUGCCUGCAGCCGCAGGGGAAUCGAUCGUGGCAAGGGCUUGCAGUCGCAGCUACUGGUAGCAGAGCGAUGGCGGCCGCGGCGAGGGUGUCGGAGGUGAAGGCCGAGGGCCUCCUGCGGGGCGCGUGCGCGGCGCUGGCCGCGGCGGCCGCGCUGCUGGUGGGGCUCAGCACGCAGACGGAGACGGUGCUGCUCGUCAGGAAGAAGGCCACCGUCAAGGACGUCCAGGCCCUCUGGGUGCUGGCCAUGGCGGCCGCGGCAGCGGCGGGCUACCACCUGCUGCAGCUGCUCAAGUGCCUCUACCUCGGCCGCGUCGGCGGCGCGCGCCCCUGCCGCCGGAGCAGCAGGGCUCUGGCCUGGACAUGCCUCCUGCUCGACAAGGCGUGCGCGUACACGACGUUCGCGACGACGGUGGCGGCGGCGCAGGCGUGCGUGGUCGCGCUGGACGGCGCGCACGCGGUGCAGUGGACCAAGCUCUGCAACAUCUACACGCGCUUCUGCGAGCAGGUCGCCGGCAGCCUCGUGCUCGGGAUGCUGGCCGCCGUCGGCACCGCCGUCCUCUCGGCCGCCUCCGCGCGCAACGUCUUCCGCCACUACUCGUCGUUGGAGACCUACGCCGCGCACUAGGCUCGCGGCCCAAGGCGUCGUCAGCUGGGCCGGGUGCGCCACUCCUCUAAAACACUGGGCCGUAACGAAUUUCAGGCCCAGAUGAAGGGUGACCUGGGCUAUUAAAGCUGGAGCUAGUAGAGUUCUACUCCAGAGUGUACUCCUGCCUACAGUCCUACUGCUCUCUCCCUCCCUCUCGAAGAGGUGUGUACUUUUAUUUUUCUUUUGCUUCUGUUGCAUUUGAUACAUUAGUGAAGACAUGAGUAUGUACGUUCGUCAGUGUA